AACUGGUGGUUGACAGAUAGGCCUUUAUUGUUGCUAGACGUUUCUGUACUGUUACAUUUAUGUGCCUUUUCUAAACAGUUAAACUGUCUGGCAGUACUAGUAUAUCAACUCAACAUGGCUGCUCAUUGUUGCGGGUCGUUCGGUGCGUACAAACACUUGUACAGUCGCCACCAAGACCUCUCGACCGAUGGGCUCGAAACAGUCUGGGUGUCGAAGCGGUUCAUCCCGACAGACCUUCGCAGUACAGCGCCUGUUCCAAAACACAAACCCAUGGUCUCGAGGGAAUACCAGCAACUUCCAUCAUACUGGGUGCCGUUGGGAGAACCUUCUUUGAAAGUCAUCGACAGGGGGUACGAAGAACGAGAAAUCUACGCCUCCCAGCCGAGCACAAGGAGUGAAGAGUGGUCUUCAUUGCGACAGAUUUUGCCUUCCCGUGGGACUUGUCGUCGGGGAUAUCCACCAAACUGGGGAACCGGUAUCGCUGUACCUCCCCCAACAUCACCUUACAAAGAGACAAGGUUCCCGCACAUAAAUAGUCCCAUGACAAGGUAUGUGGACCAUAUGCACCAAACCAAUCGUCUCUUCAAAUUACAUUAGGUGCCAUUGUACAUGUAAUGGACAACCAGACCAGACCAGUCUUAUUUCAUUAUUCCGUCCACAGCUUUAACUUGUACUAUUUGAAGUGAUGUAGAUUUACAAGAUGUGUUCUUAAUUGAGUCAAAAUAUUUGAAAAAACAGUAUUAAAUACAUUCCGUCCAAGUAGAUGAUACUUUUGUCUUUUUUAAUUUACACUUUUUAUUUAUUUUAAAGAUUUUGUAUUGCUGUGUCGAAAAUGCAUUUUAUGUUGUUACAAAAUAAUCGCAUCUUGAAUUCCCGUGGUAUUUCAUAGUUUAUAUCUCCCUUGCAUGUAAAGUUUUUAAUUUUUCAAUAGACAAUUCUUUUGAGUUGGUCAAAAUCAUGAUAUUUUCUAGCAGUGACAAUUUUUUUGGAGUGCUUUUCAUGCAAUGUCAGUAACUUUCGCAAAAUUUUGUCUUCACAAAUCGUGAACAUUCUAGUAAUGUAGAUUAAGUAGUUUACAGUGUAUCGAUAUAACCUUGUCAUUACGGGAAAGUGUUUAGAACGAUGUAAUCCUCUGAGAGUCGUCCACAUGCUUCUUAUUGUGUCAAUGUAAACAUUAAAUCAAGGACUGAGCUCCAACUGUUCAAAAUCAUGAUAAUUCCAUCUAAACAUAUAUUUCUAGGUCAAUACAGCUAUAUUGAUAUUUGUCUAAAUAUCGCCAUGUGAUUAUUAUGCCUAACAAAGAUAAAUGUUUCUGGUUAGUUGCACACCACCAAAAAACUAUGGGCGGGUUUGUUUUCACUUAUUGCAGCACAGCGCAGCAAGCGCCCUCUAUUGACGAAUUGAUUAAACCUGCAAAAUUGUGUGUAUCAGCAAAUAUUUAGCACAAAAAAAAUUGCCUCA